CAGGCCUCCCCAUCCUUCUCCAGGCCCCUCCCAUCCUUCUCAGGCCCCUCCCCAUCCUUCUCAGGCCCCUCACCAUCCUUCUCAGGCCACUCACCAUCCUUCCCAUGCCCCUCCCCAUCAUUCUCAAACUCCUCGCCAUCCUCACCCCUCCCAAGUUCCACCUCAUCCUUCUCAUGGCUAUUCUCAGCCCACCCAACCCCCACCACAUCCCUCCAAAGCUCCAUCCCACCCUUCUCAGGUUCCUCCUCACCCAUCCCAGAGUUAUCCCCACACCUCUCAAUCCCAUCCUCGCCCAUCACUCCCACAUCCUUCUCAAGCCACCACCCAACCAUCUCAGACUUCCCCUCGUCCAGCCCAAUCUCACCUCCAUCCUUCGUCACACCAUGUUCAUCCAUCGCAUCCCCAUCCUUCUCAACCUUAUCCCCAUUCCCAUCCUUCUCAACCUUAUUCCCAUCCUCACCCCUCUCAGCCAUAUCCCUACCCUGUACAAACCCAACCCCAUCCCUCUCAUGCUCAUCAUUCUCGAGCCCAUGGACAGCAUUCUCAACCUCCGUCUCCAAGGACUCAUGCUUCUCAGAUGCGUUUACCCCAUCCAACACAGCUUGGUCAUCCCAUGUACUCUUCCCACCAGGCCUCUCUGCAACACACUUCCCAACCUCCUUCAUCUCAUCCUGCACAUAGGAAUCUAUCUCAUCCCUCUCACCCUCAUCCUCCUCAGGGUCAUCCUCACCAUGCCCAACACCCAAAUUAUCAACCUCCAAGGCUUCCACAUCCAUCUGUCAAACUUGAAAAUGUUCCUGGUGCCACUCAAUACCCUGGGUAUAUGUAUCCUCAAUAUUCUGCAACCAGGCCAGAUAUGGGACCAGUAAAAGGUCAGCUUGAUCCCACCAGUCACCACCCUAAACCUUCUUCAGUAAAUCCCAGAGCACCUCAAGAUUGUGAUUUAUCACGGAUACGUACAAAGGGUGAACAAAAAGCAUUCGAUCCUCGAAAUGCAGAGAGUGGCAAGUCAAGUGUCAGAAUGGAUCCUUGGCCUCAUUGUCCCCCAAGUGUUCAGGGCAUUCAUCAACCUCAUCUUGCUGAUACAACUGAACACUCAACUUAUAAAAGCACAAAACCACUCACCCAAACUCCUCAUGUUAUUGAUUACAAAGAUAGGUCAAAGAAUUCAAAUGUUUUUGAAUUCAAGGAAGAGGAUAGUAAUAAAUCAGACCAACCUCAGUCAACAAGCAAGGUGCUAGAACCAGGCAAGGCAGCUUUAGCAGAGAAGCUUCAUAAGAAAAUCCAAAGUGCUGAAAGCCUCGAGUCACUUAUACUUAAGAAAGAAAAUGAACCAGAUCCCUGUGCAGUCAAGAAGGAAGAACCCUCUGAAGAAAAUGAAUGGGAUUUCAGUCUAAACAAAUUUAUGGAUGAUCUAGCAAUGAAUCCUGAAGGAGUAACAAGUAAGAAAAGCAAAACUCUUGGAAGGCGAUAUCUCCAGAAAGUUCAAAUACAAGAAGCUAUUGACAAUGAUCUCAUUGUGCCUCCUCCUAUGGAUAAUGCUGAAGAGGAGGAAGAGAGUGAACCAGAACCUCCAGUUAAAUUCCGUGGGAAGUUCAAGAGCAUCAAGGAUAAAAAGGUUGAACGUUUAAUCCUAACUUAUGCAUCACAUUCAGAUGAAAGUGCCACAGAAAUGAUUCCCGACGAGGACGCGAGUGAUUUUGAAGAAGAACUGAAGCGAGAAAUAAGAUCAAAAGACAAGAGACGAGGUCAUUCAAGGAAGAUAACAAAAGAAUAUGUAAGCAGUGGAAGUGAAACAGAAAGGAAAAACAAAAAAAGUAGCUUUGGAAGAGGAAAAAAUAAGGAAAACAAACCAAAUAACAAACAAGACUCUGACUUUUCCCUCAGCAGUGCCAGUGCCAGUGGUAGUGACAGCAGUUCUAGCAUCAGUAGUGAUGACUCUGAUAGUGAAGAUUCUGAAUCAGAAGAGGAAGCCAGGCCACGAAGAAAAGGAAAACAGAGGUCAGAUAGUGAGGAGGAGGAGGAGGAGGAAAAGAAGCCAAGGAGAAGGGGAAGAAAAUGGGAUAGUGAUAGUAGUGAAUCAGAGGAAGAAGUUAUUCCAAGACGAAGAACAAGAAGGGGUUACAAAUCAUCAAGUGAAGAGGAAACAUAUAAAGCAUCACAGAAAAAUAAGAAGAGAAAAAAGAAACAAGACUCAAGUGAUUCAGAAGACAUACCUUUGAAGAAUCGAAGAAACAAAGAGAAGAAAAAUUGGGAAUCAGAUGAAGAAGAGAGUAUUGAAACAAGAAGGGGCAAGAAGAAAGGUGGGACAGGAAGGAAACAGCAGAAAAGACGCAAAAGGGAUGAUUCGGAUGAUGAGUCGGAUACAGAAAUAAUUUCUAGAAAGACUAGAGGCAUGAAGAAGAAACUCCAAGAAUCAAAGAAGAUUAAGGGAAGAAAGCGAGUAACUAGUGUAAGUUCUUCCUCAGACUCUGAUGAAACAAGUGAGAGAAAAGAGAAGAAAAUAAUUGAGAAAAGAGAGAAAGGCAGCAAAAGGAAGACCAGGAAGUCUGCUGAAGACUCCAGUGAAAAUUCUGACAUUCCAACUAAGAAGAAAAGUCAUCUUAAGAGUAACCUUAUAGUUGAGAGUGAUGAGAGUGAGGAUCUGAGAAAGAGUGAUGUUGAGGAUAAAAGCGCUGCUAAUAGGCCAGUGGUACAGGAAAAAGAUGGAGAUGAAACCACAGAUAAAGAGAAUACAAAUAAAAAAACAGAUGACGCAGAAACACAGGAGGAAGAAAAGGCUAUGGUCUUUGAAGAUGAAGGUGACUUUGAGAAUGACUCUGUGAUUGAUAAAUUGAAAAAGAUACGCGACGAAGAAUUAAAUAGAGAUGAUGUCAAAGAAAUGAAAGUGUGGCUGAAUGAAGUAAAUAUUGACAUAAAAAAACAACUGGGAAAUCUUCAAGAGGUGGCUUUUAGGCAUUGUUGGAAAAGGCCUCAAUUUGGAGCAGGGGAUGAUUUCCUCCAUGGAUGGCAGACUGAUGUAAAAAAAUACAAGGAACUAACAGCAAGGUUUCCUAAGAAACUCUGCCAGGCUGCCAAACACCAAGGCCCUGUCUCGCCAAGUAAAAGUACACCCAAAAAAGGUAAAGACCGUGAAUCUGGUAAAGAUUCACCUUCUAGACAAGGGUCCUCAUCCCCUGCCAAAAAUACUCGUAGUAAAUCUGGAAUAAUCAAGACAAGUAUGGCAGUAGCUGAGGAUGAUAGAUUGAAGGUUGCAGCACGGCCAGAGAUUAGCAGUGUUAUGCAAAGAUUUUUCGAAAAGGUUUUAGCAGCAGAAGCAGGCAGCGAUACCACCAAAGGUGGUCUUGCAUCCAAAAAAUUCAAUCUUGGACCAUUCCCAGCUUUUGGUACUCAACGAGUUCCUACAGGCCUCACACCAACACCAUCAGUAGCUCCCUCUAUGAUGGCCAGUGAUGAUUCAGAUAUGGACUCCCUUGCUAGUCUGAGAACAGACCUCCCAGCAUCUGACAGUAUCCCAGUAUCUAGAAGAUCAAUAGCUAGCAGCCUAUUGAAAAAGUUUGGCCGUAAAUAUAAUGACAAAAAGCUCAACACUCUGUACCUCAACAAACCUAGACCAAUACUGGAAGCUACAAACAAACCUCAACUCUUGCCCACACCUGGAAUGCCCACAACAGAGAAGGAUCUUGAAGAUAUGUCUCCUGAUCAACUUAAGAUUGCCACAUUCUUCAGGAAAGAAACAGUUACUAACUAUAGAGAUAACUUUGAAGUCGUUGUGACUAAAAAUGGAAUUAAUGAAUUUACACCAAUCCUGUAUAAAUCAAGAACCCGCAACAAAGCUAAAGAAAUUCAAGAUGCUGCAACAGUAAAAUCUGUGUUUGGUACAGACAUUCCCCCACAUCUUGUGAAGAAAGCUGAGGCUAAGAAAUCUAAAAAAAUAUUAAAGAAAGCAGAGAAGAAAGAUGAUAUAAAACUCCCAGUAAAAGAUGAGAGUUCUCCUGUACCUGUAAGCCGUGCAAGUACUCCUGGUGGGUCUGUAUUGGCUCAAGGAGACGAGGACGAUGAUUCUGAACUUCGCAGUGAGCGCUCUGAGUCUGUCCUUGGAGAGUCUUCUGUUCCUAGAGCAGCUAAGAGGGUACGACGGAAAUUCCGCAAAUUCAGAAGCGGUUUUGAUUAUAUCCGUAAGAAGAAAAAAGUGAAGCCUGAUGAUGAAGCGACUCCAUCUAGAAAACGCUUGCCUGUACGCAAGCAUGUGAAUUGGCCUGAAGAAAGCCGGGAUGUGGCUGCAGAGGUGAGGAGUUGGGUUGUCAACAAAGGGCUGGGUGAAACUGUUUUGCACAAAGCUGCCAGACUUCAGUACCAUGAUGUUGUUGUUUACUGUGCAGAGAGUCCAGACUUUGACAUAAAUGUUCGUGAUAAUGCAGGCUACACACCAUUGCAUGAGGCUUGCAACAGAGGUCAUUUGGAUAUUGCACAGGUACUUUGUGCUCAUGGUGCUCAUGUCAAUGCUCCUGGUUACAAAGGAAUGAGGCCACUUCAUGAAGCUGUUGAAAAUGGGCAUGGAGAACUUGCUCGCCUCCUGCUGGCAUAUGGAGCUGACCCUGCCCUCACUACUUAUGCUGGCCAAACUUGCCUUGCUCUUUCCGCUGAUGUCCAGACCACACUACUCAUCGAAGGUUACCUAGAUGAUCUUAAGGGGCGGACUGGUGAAAUGUGGUACUUUAAUGGCCCUUCAAGGCUCCUUGAUCCUGAUGAGCAAGGCUGUGAUCUGUUUAGCAAUAUCCCUGUCAGUAAAAGUGUACCAUUGUGCCAGCAUUUAAAAUCCUCCAAUGACACAGACAAACAAAAAUUAGAAUCACAAGAUCUUGAAAGUAAUAGUAUAACAAAACCAGGUGGAGAUGUGGCUCAAACUACUAGUGAGACAAAUUUACAAAGAAAAUCUGAAAACCUUUCCAUCAGUGAAGAAAACAAUUAUUCAAAGACAGACCAACACCCCUCACUACUUCAAGUGGAUAACCUCCAAGACUUAAUUAAAAAAGAAGAAAUUACAAUAGAAACUAAGACAGAGAACAACAAAGAAGAAGUAGAAAAGAAACAAGCACCAGAAAGUAUGGAGAGAAAGGAGAGUGACAACACAGUUAAGAAAGAAAAUCAUGACUCAGAAGAUGAAGAAGGGGAAUUAAAGGAAGUGACCUUAGAGACGAGUGAGGUACCUCUCUUGGAUGUAUAUGAGAUUGAUGGCCGACCUCAUAAGUACUACCUUAUGCUAGAACUCUUAACCCUCCUCAGAAUGACUCAGGCAGAAUUCAUUAUUUCUGCACGGACUAUUGAAACAUUAGAACUGAGUGUAGAGGAAUUUGAGAGUUGUGCUCACAGCUGCAUUGUGGGGUCAUGCAGUCGUGCAAUUGUUGAUACCUGCUCUUGUGUGGUGUUGGUACGAGUCACCCCCAUUGUGGAGAAACUUUUAGGUAUUGAAAUUGUAAGACUUUAAAGACUUUGUGUGCUGUAAAUAAAGUAGUCAGAAAGAAAUAUUACUUUAGAAUUUUUUAAAAGGUUAUUUUAAGCCAAACAUUAUGUGAAUAGCAGUGAUAAAUAUUGAUCAUGUCCGAGUGAAGGAGUCCAGAUUUUUUAACUUUCACUGUUGAUAUAUUCUAAAUCAACAGGUUUUAGCCAAUUUUUUAUGAAUCUACCUUCACUUCCUACUACAAUGAUGUGAUUUUAUAGUUAUGAUAGUGUGAAUAUGCCAUAUACCAUAUACAGUAUAUGUGUUAUUGAGCAACAUUAGUACAUGCAGAGAUAACUUGCUCUGUGAUAAGGUUUAUCAAAGAUAUACAUAAACUGUGAUAAGUCUUGUGUAAAGCCCAAAAGGUGAUAUGCAGACAGCUACAGGAAAUCUUCCACUUAAAUGGAUCUUUGAACCAGGAACUGAUGCAGUGGGCUAAGAGAUGCACUUGAAUAUAAUGACGGGUUUUCCAUUGUACAUUUAUCAUAUGGUAGCUGGAAACUACUUUUUACUCUUAAGUGUAUACAUAUUUGAUUGACCCUUGCAGUGAUCUAUGACAUUGCAAAAGUUUCACCUGGAAGAUGAAAGUAAAGAAUGUUAAAGCAACAUUUAUAAACUGAUAAAAAAUCCAGUAAAAAGUGUAUGUAUAUGGUUCAAGGAAGAUUUUAAAAUGGGAAAUUGUGUGCAAUGAGUUGUUGCAAUUGAUCUAGAGUUAUCACUCACAUUCAUAGUAUCUCAAAGUUCUUGUAUUUGGGAUUACUCUGUACAAAUGAUGCUUUUAAUGAUAGUAUUGUACAUAAAAAUGAAGUUGGAUGUUAGCUUCUCAGCUGUCAGUAGCAGAAACUAUGACCAGAUUACUGUUAAUUAAUGUUUGACUGAUGGAUUAUUGCUGCUGCUGUUGCACCACUACAGGUAACUUAUCCUGCUUGUUCUGUGUGUGUGUGUGCGUGUGUGUGUGUGUGUGCAUCUUUGUAAAUGAAGUCUUGUGCAAUUAACUUAAAUAUAUUUUCUAUGUAAUGUAUUGCCAUGUAAAUAUAUAUUCAGAGGUAUACUAUCU